ACUGUACAGAGGCUGCUGGCAUUUUGGCGGACUCAAUGAGCAAUCACCAAGGAUACGCGAAAAUAAUAAGACAUUCCUCUGAAAAAAUAUUGAAUCUGAUAAACAUCCUUAAGCAAUACGAUCCAAAUGUCUAUGAAAAAUCUACAGCAUCGCUUGAAGUAAACCAUGCCAGGAAACCGUUGUCAUGUAUAAUAUUCACUCAGGAGAGAUUCACUGCGAAGAUUAUAUACAAUAUCUUAAAAGCUGCUAAAGAAACGAAUCCCGAAGAGUUUGCAUUUCUCCAACACGACUUCAUAGUAGGAUUCAAUAUCAAUCCAUAUAAUAACACCAGGGAACAGCAUUAUACAAAAAAGCAAAGCCAUAUGGCUCUGGAACGAUUCAGAAAUGGAGAGUUAAAUUGCUUGAUAUCAACUCGGAUAUUGGAGGAAGGGGUUGAUAUACCACAAUGCCUGCUUGUGGUUAGAUACGAUUUGCCAACAGAGUAUAGAUCUUAUAUACAAAGUAAAGGUCGCGGUAGAAGCAAAGACGCGUCAUAUGUAUUAUUAGUAUUGAACGAUCCGGAGAUACGAUCAAAAUUUAUGAGUAAAUACCAAACAUUUAUUGAAAUUGAAAGUAAAUUGCGUCAGCUGUUGGUAGGCAAAUCUUUGGAACGUAUUGCGCCUACUGCAGAGGAUAUUAAGACUUCAUUGUAUGAAGAGGACGAGAUACCGCCUUACAUUAAUCCGCAUAAUGGAAAUCGUCUCUUUUCAUCAGCAGCAAUUAGUUUACUGUGUCGGUAUUGCUCAGUGUUGCCACACGAUCAAUUUACCACUAUCGCGCCGAUGUGGGUUCUAGAGACGGAUUAUGAAAAGAACAAACAUAUCAUAACCAUCUUUAUGCCUUUGGCUUGUCCUAUUAAAACACCAAUCAGGAGUGAUCCUUUUGUAAAUAAGAAGACUGCUAGAAGAUCGGCCGCGCUAAAAGCUUGUGUCCUGUUGCACCAAAUCGGCGAAUUAGAUGAGCAAACGAUGUUGCCCAAGGAAUAUGGAAAAGUAGAUUACGAUAGUUUGAAUAUAAAAGAUUGUUUCCCCAACUGGCCGGAGGAGGAUGAUGUGAAACUGAAUAAAAAUGCGCCCUACCCAGGCACAAAAGCCCGAGUUAGGAAGCAUAAAAAAAUUUAUUCAAAGUAUCUGCAGAGUAUCCCGUCAUUCGAAUCAAAAAAGUUUUAUUUGCAUAUCAUCAAAUUGGACGUCGCAUUUCCCAAGCCGCAAGAAUCGCGAGAGGCGGCGUUGUAUGAACUACUUGGAAGUGGGCAUGGCUACGGGCUGUUGACUAUAAAUCCGUUGCCGAACCUAUGUCAGUUUUCAAUGUUUCUGACUGUCGGAGAAGUGAAUACAUCUUUGAAAAUGAAUUAUGCGGUCAUCACGCUAAGUUCGGAGCUGUUCAGAAUAAUUAAACGGUACCAUUUUUUCGUUUUCGACCAAGUGUUGGAAAUAGCUAAACAGUUUCUUGUAUAUGACGGAACCACCAAUGGCUUGUACGUGGUUCCCAUAGUCACUAGUGAUCAUAUUUCCUAUGAAAUCAACUGGGGAGCUAUGGAUUAUAAAGAAAUACAACCUAUUUAUGUGCCCUCUGACACUGAAAGAAAAUCCUUAAAAGUGGACCAGAAGACGUACAAACAUUCAGUUGUAACACCUUGGUACCGGGCAACUAGCUUCCCAGACAGGUAUAUUGUCUCAAAUGUCUUAGAAUAUAUGACACCAGAUUCUCCGUUUGAUUUAUCUUCUAUGGGCUCGUAUGCGGACUAUUAUAGUACCAAAUAUAAUUUAGAUAUACAAGGACCAAGAGAUCAACCAAUGCUUGAGGUGAGAAACAUCAGUAGUCGCAUGAACUGUCUUCAGCCCAGAGCAGCGACACUUACAGGAUUAACAGACAAGCAACAGAGACUGAUAUCCAAUGCUCAGGGUGAUGAUAAAAUUAACAAAUUCAAGGAGAUAUUCGUUCCGGAGUUUUGUAAUCACUACGAGUACCCAGGAGUAUUGUGGUAUAAGGCCAUAAUGCUCCCCAGCAUUAUUCACAGAGUGACAAUGCUGUUAGUUGCUUACGAGCUUCGUGAAGAAAUAACUGAAGGUACUAAAUAUGGCCAGAAACAUCUGAAUAAAGGCGAGGAGUGGUUGCCGCUAACAGCAAAUUUGAAAAAAGCAAAACAGUCAUUGCUGUCUCAAGUAGAGGAACCAGCCCCAAUCAUGAAUAUCGACAGAAUCAACAACCCUGUGGACGAUAGGGUUGCCAGACCGUCGAAACUCUCUAUGAAAGAUAUUGUUAAAGAGCUCAAUAAAAAGAAAAUGAACCAGGACUAUAACUGGGAUGAACUGGAAGAGCCUAUAGACAUAGACCGUAACAUAGAAAUCGUGACAGUGAUGGAUGUGGAAUGCUACGACACUUUCAACACCUUAGUUAUUUCGGAUAAGAAGAGUGACCCGCAAGCCAAAGUACAGUCCCCAACUAAAUCACAUGUAUCACUGCUUUCAGCGAUCAUGCCGCCGCCAGAUCUACAAAUGGGUGAGAUACGAUUGCUAUCUCGGAAGGCGACGGGCCGCGGUCCAGAGCUACGAGAUAUAUUGACAUCGAUCACAACAAUCAAUUCUCACGACACCUUCGAUUUGGAGCGAAAUGAAACACUUGGGGAUUCAUUCCUCAAGUUUGCGUCUACUUUGUAUCUGUUUCAUAAGUUUAGCGAACUUGACGAAGGAAAGCUGACCAAUAUAAAGGGAAGACUCAUUGGAAAUAGGAACCUUUACUACGCGGGUGAGAAGAUAAGACUAGGAGGGCGUAUGAAAGUUGAGCAUUUCAGUCCACGCAGUGAUUUCGUUGUUCCUGGAUUUCUAGCACCGAAAUUGCUUAUAGACUUUAUUGAAGAUAAAAAGAUAAGGCCUACGUUUUUGAUCGGCAUCCAGUUCAGUACGCAAGAGUCCCUGAGCGGAGAACUAACAAAGGAAAGUAUAACGAUGCUGCAGCAGAGGUUUAAUGACCUGAAUAACAUUGCUGAGCCAGAACCGGAAGGCAGGGCACAGAACAUCAUGCAGGGAUAUGUGUUAUCGCAGGCCGUUUCUGAUAAGUCGGUUGCUGAUUGUGUGGAGUCCCUAAUAGGAACAUACCUUCUAAGCGGGGGCAUUGAAGCGGCCGUCAAAGUCCUGGAAUGGAUGAACGUGAUCCCGGCAAAGGACAACUUCAUGAGUUAUCUGACGAAACGGGUGCCAAGUGUGUUAGAUAAAGUAUCUGUGGAAGAAAUUAAUCGAGUGCUUAACAAUACCAGAGAUGACGUCGAGAAGAUCAUUAACUAUAAAUUUAAGGAUCCAUCUUUAUUGCUCGAGGCAUUGUCGCAUCCGUCGUAUAUACGGAACAGAUACACGGGUUCGUACGAGCGGCUAGAAUUUCUGGGCGACGCGAUAUUGGACUUUUUGAUUACUUCGCACAUAUUCGAGAAUUUCGGCGACAUGACUCCGGGCGAUUUGACCGAUUUGAGGUCGGCCCUAGUCAAUAAUGUUACAUUCGCCGCUUAUGUUGUGAAACUCAACUUACACAAGUUCCUAUGCUACGACAUGAACCCAGCGCUCUGUAACGCGAUAAUCGCAUUCGCUGAACACCAGGAGCAGAGACAACACGAUAUCAUCGGCGACGUACAAUAUUCGAUAGACGAAGAAGAAUGUCAGAUUGCUGAGUACGUCGAUGUGCCCAAGACCCUAAGUGACGUAUUUGAGUCGCUCACUGGCGCUAUAUACUUGGACAGCGGCGGUGACUUGAGCGCAGUAUGGCAAGUCGUGUACCGUAUUAUGUGGAAAGAAAUCAAUUCAUUCUCGACGAACAUUCCCAAACAACCUGUCAGGGUGCUCUACGAAGAGAAGUUCGCCUGUCCCGUUUUUGGGGAAGCUAAAUUGUUAGAAACAAACAUUUCGAGAGUGAUGAUGCCCGUAACGUUCACUAAAAGUGGUCGCAGGCACUCGGUCUACGGAGUUGGGCACAACAAGAGUCAAGCGAAACGAGCAGCUGCCAAAUUAGCACUUAAAAUACUCGCUGUUUAACAUCAUUUUCCUUGACAUAAUAUAUAUUUUUGUUUUAUUAAUUUUAGAUAAGAUAUAUAUUUAUACUUUUCGGGGCGUUCCUUCACAAUGCGGUUCUCAAGUUGUACGAAAAAGAGUGUUCCUGUGGAGGAACGCCACACGUCUAGAUGGGUGAGGAUGAGAGUCAAGUUUGGAUUUUAAUUUUAUAAUUGAAUUUAUUAUUUGUUUUAUAUUAUAAUUGUUUCGUGAAUUCUAUAUUUUUUCUCAUAAUGAAAAUGCACGACGAUUAAUAAAAAAUAUUAUAUCUCUCUAUUUAUAAUGUAAGUUUUAUCUAACCACGAGAAAAUAUCUGAAAUGUCAAGAAAUGUUCAAUGCCUGUGACAUAAUUAAUAACAUUCACAUGACUCGAUAUUUUUAUUGUUAAAAUAUUAUUAUAAAUAUAAAAUAUAUAGAAUUGGAUAGUAGUCAUUUAUAUAAUUUUAAUUUACGUCUCAAAUAUAAAGAUUAUAAGAUUGAAUCGGAAUGUGAAUUUAAUAUAUGCGGAAGUGUGUUGUUAUUAAACUUCUUAGAUCAUUUAUGCGUGUAGAUAGACUAUGACAGCUGUGAAAACGCCGGAAAAAAUAGAGGAUGACAGUUAACCUCUAUUUUGAGCAAUGCAAGCACACUAUACUAAUAUUCCUGGCCUGUUUUUAUCAGUUGAUGUUAGCAGCAAGAGACUCUAUCUAGACGUAUAAAUUAUCUUAGGUUAUAUUAUGUUUAAUGUAGUGGAUGUGUAUUUUAUGCCUAUAAGUUGUUUGGCAUUAGGGUUAUCAUUAUAACCACCACGCACACGUAUAGCCUCAAAAGAUUUUUGCACCCUCGAGAACCUCGGCUACGAUUUCCAUAUUGUUGAAAUCAUAAUUUUGCAUGGCGGCCAUCUUGGAUUUCAAAAAUGAUCCCAAAUUCGUUCUCUGCACCCUCGAGAACCUCGGCUACGAUUUCCAUAUUGUUGAAAUCAUAAUUUUGCAUGGCGGCCAUCUUGGAUUUCAAAAAUGAUCCCAAAUUCGUUCUCUGCACCCUCGAGAACCUCGGCUACGAUUUCCAUAUUGUUGAAAUCAUAAUUUUGCAUGGCGGCCAUCUUGGAUUUCAAAAAUGAUCCCAAAUUCGUUCUCUGCACCCUCGAGAACCUCGGCUACGAUUUCCAUAUUGUUGAAAUCAUAAUUUUGCAUGGCGGCCAUCUUGGAUUUCAAAAAUGAUCCCAAAUUCGUUCUCUGCACCCUCGAGAACCUCGGUUAUAGCAGGGAACGGCGCCUCUAUCGUCUCGCUUGAUCGAGUUUAAAAAAACAACGAUUCUAAAGAACUUCUUUACUUACACUUCAGAAAUUGUUGCAACAAUAAUUAAAAACGUGAUGUUUGUAUUAAAUUCUUAAUUUAUAUUUUAUUUCUUCUUUUUUAUUACAUAUAAUCUAGUAUUUUUUACAAUUUACUGAUUUAGGGAAAUGUCUAUUCACUUGCAACAUUAUUUGGCUGUCUGUGUGCGUGUUGGUGAAUGUAAGUACGUGACACUCAUGUCACGUGACAUUAAUUUUGUUACUUCUAUGUUGACAGGAACUAUGAAUGAAAUUAUCGUUCUGAGCGUUAUUAUUCUAUGUGAGAGAAUGAAAAAUCUAUAAUUUUCUAUGUUCUUGUAUCCUAGAAGUGAGGGUUAUCACUUUAAAAACAUAAUAAAUUGUCAAGAUUUCCAAGAGCGACAUCUCAAGUCAAUUUUCUAAUAUGCAAAUAUUGGGGUUGAGGAGGUUAUCAACUCUAAAGUAGAUCCUGUAGAUGAAGCCACAACCUGAGAGUUGAACAAAGCAUACAAGAUUUUAUGACGAUACGUCACUCGAACGUUUAGCUCAGUUGGUUAGAGAACUGGCACGAAACGCCAGAGGUCCUGGGUUCGAGUCCCGCAUCGUUCAUAAAUGUUAAAUAAAUCAUUAUUUAGGUUUAUGAUGAACGAAUUUAUGUAGAUCUAUAUGACAUGUCCUUCCAUUCCUGUAUUGUGUUAAAAUAUAUUACAUUUAUUAAUAAGGUGUUUUUAUUUAGAAUCCAGUCCAUCCAACUCUUAUUUUGGGUGGAGAAGACUAAAAGUAAAUAUUUAUCGACUACUUAGUAAAAAUACCAAAAUUUAAGUACAUAAUUAUUACACACCGAUACAAUUUUUAUUGCGCGGACGCAUGGAUUACAUGCUGAUUACGAGGCGCGGAAGGAGGAAGGUACCACUGACCUUGCGUUUAAAUAAUGAAAAAAUAGUGCAGUGCGGUGAUGUGUCCACAUUUUAUCUAUAGGAAAACCGUUUAAAGUUUUAAACAAUUAUUACAAAAUUAGAAGGACAAUCGAGUACGAAGUUCUCUCCUAAACACUUGUUAGUGUCUCAUCACUCACUGUAGAACUGGUUCUAGGCUGGCCUAGCGAAACUUGCAGUGAUUGACAGAUGACGUCUAUAACCUUGUAAAAAACGGAAAUAGCCGAAAUCCACUACAGUUUAAGCAACUGUUUGCUUUCAAACUUAGCCGGUUUAUACUUCGUCGCCAUAUUGUAAUUACUAUUUCAAACUUGUCAAAUCUCACUGCACGUUUCAUAUUAAAGUAAAGUUCAAAUUUUACUCAGAUAGUCCCGCGCCUUAUUACGUAGUAUUUACAUCCUCUUUGUUUAGAGCCAAUAAAACUGCCGAACGGUUCGGGCACUGUCCUAUGUAUAAAUCUGAGCGGACAUAAAAUGUAGAUAAUAUGAAAAUCUAAAGACUUGAUAGCUAUAUAUUUUCUAAUAAAGUUUUAUAAACUA